AUGGGCGGCUUCCUUUUAUUAAUAGUGGUGGUGCUGGUGGCGAUGCUGCAAUUUCAUCAAUUGCAGGGGCAGCAGAGCUACGUGAACAACACACAGUUGGACUGCGAUUAUAACUACAACAACACCCUGGGAUACGUGUGCAAUGGAGCAGCCUCAUCAUGUCCCUCCUACCUCACCUUCCGAUCCAAUCCACCCUACAACACCCCUCUCCUCAUCGGUUUACUUCUCAAUGCCAACGCCUCCGAAAUCGCCCGUCUCAACAACAUCCCCCGCUUCGCUACCAUCCCCUCCGGCACUCUCCUCGUUGUGCCCAUCAAUUGCUCCUGCACUACUACUACUAUUUCCCGGUUCUACCAGCAUAACGCAUCUUACAUCUUGAAUACCUCCGACACUUAUUUCACCGUGGCCAACAACUCCUAUCAGGGCCUCACCACUUGCCAGUCCCUCAAAGCUCAGAACCCCUUCAAUUAUCGACAUCUCUUACCUGGUCAGACACUCAAAAUUCCCCUGCGGUGCGCUUGCCCAACUUCCAACCAGACCGCCGCCGGGAUCAAGUACCUCCUCACUUACCUCGUCGUCUGGACCAACUCCGUUGAAUUGAUCGGUCAAGCCUUCGGCGGUGUCGACGUCCAAAGCAUUAACGACGCAAACGAGCUCACUUCCAAGGAUCUUAUUUUCCCUUCACCCCACUCCUAG